AUGAAUAAUAAUUAGUUCUAGCAUCCUUAAUUUACAAAUGUUAACACACCCUUAACAAAUUUUAAAUAAUAAUAAGAUUAAUUCCUUUUAAAGGCUGAGAUUCAAUAAUUAAAAUAGAAAUUGGAAGAAUAAGAUAAGAAAUUUUAAGUUGUUCAAUUUUAAAAGGAGGAUCUUGAAAAAAAGGUGGCUAAUUUGGAAUAACAAUUAUUUUAAAGGAAUUAGAAUAAUAGCAAUUCUAAGUUUCAUUUUUAUUUUUUAUAUUUUUAAUAGAAAUAUAAUAGAAGAUCAAAAUUUAAAAGAUAAAUAUAUACAUAUACAAUUACAUAACCUAGAUUUGUAAAAGUAAAUUGAUUAAUUAAAUGAAAAGAUAGAAGAUAAAAAGAAGAUUGAAAUUCAAGUAAGAAUUUAAUAAAUCUAAAUAUAAGUCUAUACCAAUUAUUUCUAAAAAUAUAUAAGUAGAAACAGUUCGUUUGAGUUGGUUUGAGAAGAUUGAUAAUUUAUAAAUAUCAUUUUAAAGAAAGAAUAGAAUUGUUGAAUUUUAAGGAUAUGGAGAAGUAUAAAAUAAAGGUUUUAUUUUUUAAUGUUAAUGUGAAUUAUCAAGGAUUCCUGUAGCAGAAACAUAACCAUAGAUUAUAUAAAAAGAAUAUGAGUUAUUUUUAAAAUUCUAAAUUUGA